GUACACCAGCACGAACCGAAGACUGGCAGCCUACCGUCCAAAUCGAGCCGGAAAUAAGCUAGCGUCGGCAUGAAAGGAGGCUAAUGCUCGGUGUAAAAGCUCCACCAUUGGCUCCAACCGUUCAUCCGCCGGGGUAAGGAGGCGGGGUCGGGCUAUUGAAUGACGGCUGUGUGUGUGUUGACACUUCGGUUGAAAGGGGGGGGGGGAGAGAGAGACUGCCUCCACACGGCCUACCUAUUUCACAUAUACAGUGAAAACAUAUCAGAUGAAACAGGAGGAGCACACGGUUUUUUCUUUGAACGCCGUGGGAUGUGGCGGGUCGUGUGCGGAAUGCGUGACAGUGCGGUACGGUGUUGAAAGUGAGCGGACGUAUACACAGGUUGAUGAUCCGUGUUUGGCACCGAGCGGGAGAAGACACAGCACAAGUAAUUACACUGUGGUCCCUGGGUACUGUUCCUAGAAAUGCGACGUUAAUUACAGAAAUAGGCGUUGCUAGCUAAUUCCUGGGAAACUACAGAUCUCCGGUCAGUAUGAAAGCGUUAGCGGUGGCAGGUUGGGGUUGUACUGAUGUCCAGACUUGGGUUACAAGCAGCGUGUAGGUUUAGUCUGUCAGCCACCAGCGUCUGGACUGUGCGUUUAGAGUCUGUUCUAUAAAUCUCUGCGCUUAUGUCAGUGACCUAUAUCUCAUGCAUGUUCGCCAAGAGCCCACAGUAGCCGAACAGCAUGGGGAUCAACGGGGUAGACAACCAGGCACAGCCAGCAGGCGGAGUGUCCCGGACCGAGGCGCCGGCUGCGGAUCCUCAGGUGGAGCAGAGAGAUGCUCCCCGAGAACCUGACAAGAACACCGGCGACCAGGCGGUGGGAAGCGAGUGUAAGAUGACACAGGAGGACAGUUCCGUGCAGCUGAUCGAGGCCGGCUGCAAACCACCACUCUCCCCGGGUGCAGAAUCCGAGAUGAGGGUUCAGGUCCAGGACAAGCAUGGGUUCGUGGCACCCGAAGGGGGUUUCGGCUGGCUGGUGGUUUUUGCUGCAACCUGGUGCAAUGGGUCCAUCUUCGGGAUUCAGAACUCUUUCGGCAUCCUGCACACGAUGUUGGUGAAUGAACACGCAGAUCCAGAUGACAAGACAUCUCAGUUUAAAGUGGCCUGGGUGGGAGCUCUGGCCAUGGGAAUGAUCUUCUUCUGUUCACCAGUGGUCAGCAUGUUCACAGACUGCUUUGGCUGUAGGAAGACAGCUGUUGGUGGGGCAGCGCUGGCUUUUAUAGGGCUGCUCAGUACAUCCUUUGCAAAUUCACUGGGUGUUCGCUAUUUCACAUAUGGCAUACUGUUUGGCGGCGGCUCAUCCUUCGCCUUCCAGCCAUCGUUGGUCAUCCUUGGUCACUAUUUCCGCCAGCGCUUAGGCCUGGCCAACGGUGUGGUGACGGCCGGGGCCAGUCUCUUCUCCAUGGGCCUCCCAGUUUUACUCAAAGUUUUGCAGCCUCUGGGCCUCAGCAGAACCUUUCAGAUCCUCAGCCUCUUUAUGCUUGUCCAGGCUCUGCUGGCACUAACCUUCAAACCUUUACUGCCAGCGGGGGGAGGAAUGGGGCCACCAGGUAUGGGUCCUGGCCCUUCUGAACAGGCAGAGCCAGGGGCUACUGCUCAGAGGGGGAGCAGGUGGAUCAUGACUCUGACUGGAGUCAAAAAAUACUUCAACCUGCGUGUGUUUCACAUCAUCACAUACCGGGUGUGGGCAUUUGGAGUGGCCACAGCUGUACUGGGCUACUUUGUGCCAUAUGUCCAUCUGAUCAACUUUGUAAGGGAGCAGUUCAAGGGGACUGAGAAGGAAUGGGUGCUCCUGGUGUGCAUCGGGGCUUCAUCUGGUGUGGGACGCCUCGCUUUUGGAAAGAUUGGGGAUCUCAUCCCUGGUCUUCAGAAGAUAUACAUGCAGGUGGUGUCCUUCAUGGCUCUGGGCCUGAUGUCCAUCAUGAUCCCUCAGUGCUGGGUAUUUGAGGGGCUAGUGGUUGUGUGUGUAUUCCUGGGGCUGUGUGACGGAUGCUUCCUCACCAUGAUGGCUCCCAUAGCUUUUGAGCUGGUCGGGCCGAUGCAGGCUUCACAGGCCAUUGGUUAUCUUCUAGGUCUCAUGGCUCUUCCCAUGACAGCCGGUCCACCCAUUGCUGGUCUCCUGCAUGAUUACUUUGGGAACUACCUGGUGGCCUUCUCUCUGGCGGGGGUACCCCCUAUUGUGGGGGGUGUGGUACUUUUCUUUGUGCCCUUGAUACACCGCAGGCUCCAGCGUAACCAGGCAGCUGCAUCGCCAGAGGAGACGUCCACGACUGCACACAUGUUGCCCUCUGCCCCUGCAGCCGAGGGGUCCAAGAGCUGUUCCAAUGGAGACAUGCUACCCGGCUAUACAGAUGUGGAAACACAUAUCUGAGUCACACUGUACAAAGGGAUUCAGCCACCAGCAUCUUUCAUUCAUCCUCCACACCAGAGCUCCAUAUUUGGGCCUCACCCAACCAUGGACUUCCUGUUACCUGACCUUUAACUUCUCGCCCUCCUACAUAUUCAUUGGCUAUUUGUUAUUUUGAUGUUGAGAAGAAUCAAAAUGGGCGCUCUGGAAUGAUUCCAUAGAGAGGAUGAAGAGGAGGCACCUCAGCGUAUGAUUAUCAAAAUAUUUGAAAAAGAUAAGCACAACAGUCGAAACUAGGCUUCAGUCGAGACUCUAAAGUAACAAAUACCUCCAAGAGGAAACUAAUGAAGAGAUUUUAACAAACAGUAGUAAUUACAGGAUUUCACGGCUGUAAAAAACAGUGCUUUUAAAGUCCAUAGAAAGACAUAGUUAACCUAAGAGAGAUAUAAAAUAAGAAGUAGUGAAGGGAUACGUUCACAAUUUUGUCAUGUAGUACCUCAUACAUCUGAUUUUUCAACAUAAUGCAUUUUAUUUAGGUUUGUGAGUUUGUCUAGGUCACCGUGAUUAUCUACAGACCUACUUUAUUUUUCUCCUUGUCUCUAUAGACUGUAUAAUGUACUGUGACAGUUACAUUGGGAACAUGCUGUAUGCGUCUGCUAUAAAUGUCACAGAGGGUCAGUCACCUGAACUAAACUCUGCUGCACACUGCUCUUCCUUGUAUUCACAGCCAGGGUAGACAACUUUAACAAAAGGACCAAUGAAGUACUCUACCAGCCUGUCUGCUCAGAGGACAGAUGUGUCAGUGUGGCAGCUGUUGAUACAGCUUCGCCACAAAAUCUGAAUUAUACCCAGUGUAACGUAAAGAAUUAGGGUUUAGUCACAGUGACUUUGCAGAUCGCACCAGGUUUCUUUAUGUCAUCACUCAUUACAAGUGGAAGCUGUGGAUCGGACAUAUGCUUGUUAAAAGACUGUACAGCCUUAACUUUCACCUUUUGUUAUGUUUUUAGCAGGGUGCUAGACAAUUGCGCAUCAACUGUGUUUUAUGGCUUUGAAAAAUAAUUGACACAUAGCUUUUCGUAAUGUGCACUCUGUUUAUGUGUUGAGACAUUGGAAUCAUACAGUCUUAACACAGGAUGGUAACAUAGAUUUUUUUUUCCAUAUAUAUAUAUAUAUAAAUCUCUGUAUGAUAAUGCUAGCACCUUAGUAUUUGGAUUUUGAUAAGAGAACUACUAUGUUACAGUUUGUGACUAGAGAUGACUACUGAGAUGAAGGCUCCCAAACGUGGCCUCAUCAGGUCGUCUCACUGAUAAUCCUAGCCGAUGAUUUGCUGCUUUAGUUUCAUGAUAAAGAUUUUACUCACUGUGAUGGCAGUAAUGAAACAAAACUUUGUGCAGUUAUUGUUGUAUCAUCAUUGUUACUUAAUUUCAUUUAUGCAUUCGGAAAAUCGUUUUAUGCCUCUGGCAACCGUCCGUUAAGUACAAUCGCAACAGAAAAGACAUUACAAUCAAAAAGAGAUUUAACAGUAAAGUUUUUCACAAAAUACCACAUGCAUACAUCAUCUGAUUUUGUUUAUCAGAGUUAUUAUGGAAGGUCUCUGGUACCGUGUAGGUUCAUCUUGAUGGUAACAAAUUGUGUUUACCAUAAACAUAGUUUGAAACGUCACUCAGGAUUCACAAAGCAGCAUCAUACUGAGUGGUUGUUGACCCACAAUCUAUCCUAAACAUUUGGACCACUUACCUCUACACACUUCAGUUUAGUGGAUCUUCUGAACAAUGAACAAAUGUGAAGUAGAGCUGCAAUAAUAUACUGUUUGACUUUCACUGUGGUUACAUGCAUACAGUAGAUGAAUGGCUGAGAGGGGAACUGGGUCACAUUGAGGGAGAGCGUGACCUCAUAACAUUAUUCACUGACCAAAUGUUCAGGUGGUAUACCUUUCCUCUCUGGGCUUUAACUGCCAUAUUCAUUCAGCUUUUUUUUUUUAACAGUUUUUGGUCUAAAAGCUACACAAACCUCACUGCUGAGUGUAGUUUUUGGAAUAAUGCAAUGGGACAAAACAGUUCAGAGUAAGAAACAACUAUACCUCAGUUGUCAAACAAUCCUCAGCAAACAGAUGAACACACAUUCUUCACUUCAUGCUUUCACUGUUCUGAAUCAGGUCUCAGAGCCACAAAGCUGCCAAAAACCUGUUUUCAAUCAACCUUGCUUGCUAUGAAACCUCUCUAGUGUCUGCUAGGUACCACAAAACUGUGAAAAUGUUUGUACUUCCAUCCAUAUACAGACUAGUUAUUUUACUUCCAUAACCAUACACUUCAUUGUUGAAAAUACUCACCAUUCUUGCUUUUGAGUUUCCUUUCCAGCUUUUUGUUACUAAUGUCUUCUCUUUGUUACUCAGCCUAAUAGCUGAUUGAAGAGGUGCCGUAAUAUAAAUCUGUAAUAUUGUUAUCUAAGGUUGAGGACACAAAACCAUAAACAGUGGAGAUUUAUGGAAUUAUGCCCUAUUGUUAAAUUAUGUAAAGCAUGUUUAAUGCAGUUUAUACAGCAGACAGUAGUACUAACAGAUGUAAUGUUACAUUUUAUUGGCUUUGCAAGUGCAGUUCCCACUAAUGGGCAGUGAAGUGUGGGGACCAUUCAUCUGAAAUUCUGUUACAUAUUUUACUAAACAUGGUGCUGAGUCUUAUCAGCUAAGUGCACUAAUUUGCUGCCAUUAAACUAGAGGCCUGAGCCUCCAAAAUCCAAACUGAAUCAGUGAAUAAAAACUACUACAGAGGGAUUAUCCUCUGACAGCCAUAUCAACUCUAAAAGGUUGUUUCUAUGCACAAAGUGUAGAUAUUUCAACACGACCUUAAAUAUUUUUUAUGUAACUGUGAACAUUUGUCACUGUUUAAAUUUAUGAUUUAUUGAUUACUUUAUGUUGUCAUCUUGUUAGCUAGCAGUUUACUGUAUCUGUCCCCACAAAGUAGCAUGAAGGUCUGAAAAGACCCUAGAGUCAAAGUAGUAACCUCAAUUAGAAACAGAUCUGCCUUAUCUGAUUUUUAUAGUCUGAGCAGUUAACUGAAUGGGAUUACUGAAUAUGCCUCCAUCCAAGUAUUUACAUCUGAGUGUGAGAUAUGAGACACAACUGCAAAGUAUGAUGACAUUGUAUUUAUCUUUUUGGAUUUCACUAUAGUCAUUAUCAGUCCUGAAUGUUUCUUAAUAGUCUCCACUUGAUCUGAUUGGAGUUGGUUCCAACCAGCCUCUGGUUAGAACCAGAUGAGUGGUCCUUUAUAUAAAUCUGCUGUAGAUUUAAGUAGAGAAAACUGACAUCUAUCGACUAUGUACUUCAUAUACUUUGUAAUAGCUUGUAAUUCACGUUAAACUGUUCUGAUUUAAUUUGUUUUUAAUCAUUGAGUUUUAGUGUCUUGAUGUUACUUGUGAUAAAAAUAAGUAAGUGGAAAAAGUAGAGCCCAUGACUUUGUAAAUCUGUGUAAACUCAAAGUGAAGGAGCUGAAGGAAUGAAGAAUGAAACAGUACUCAUGGGUGGUUGCAUGGCAUUUUGCCAAAGUCUUAUUGUCUAUGCAGCGUUGCUGGGCUCAUGGUCCUUUUCCAAUGACCACUUCACGUUCAGAAGUUCAGACAUGUCGAACUCUUAACAGUGAAUGUUUACUUGGACUCCAAGUUUGCAUUUAUCUCCUGUACUUGCAGUAGACUCAGACACUUAAACCUAUAGGAACCUUUGUAUUUGACCUAACUAACCCUACUACUUUUUAUUUUAUAAUGGACCUACUAUUUUGCUUUUGGCUUUUUUUUUUUUUUUAUUACUAGGAAGAUCUUGAGCUGUGAUGGAGCUAAUGGUUCCUUACCACAGUGACACUGCUGAACCCAUUUCUCUGUUUGCUUUCUUUACUCUAUCGGUUCUUGCCUGUGACAUCUAGUGUACAGGUCAGAGCUACAGAGAGGCACAUUCAGUAGACCAGACUAGACCAAACCAGAUUAUAUGCAUUAACAACUAAUGUGCCAUACAUACAUAUUUCAUCAAAUAUUUAAACAUGCAUCAGUAACUAAGACUUCUUUAGUUAAGUAUUUAGAAAGUCAAACCUGGCUUUAUCGUCUCACCGUUAGAUGUCAGUCUGACCCAGACACAACCUCAUACGUCUGCUUUUCAUUGUGCCAUUUCUCUGCUCCUCUGACCUCAGUCCUCAGUCACUGUGUAACUGGAGUACUUUCCUCAGUUUGAAACCAUACAUUCAAUAUGUGACGCAGGGUAGCUGAAGGCCUAUAUGAUAUAUAUUAUGAAGCUGAGCCAUGACUUGCAAAAGUUAAUACCUCACAAACUGCCAAGAACCACUUCCAAGAAUAAUCCCUUGCCUGUGCUGUUGCCAGUAUCAUUCAUCAUUUUUCAUUUUUAUGUAGGAAAUGUAUUUAAUUGCCAUUUGUCAAAAAUGAAUGAUGUGUAGAUGCAUCAUGUGUUUCAGAAACCAUGUAUCUUUUGCUGCAGGUAUCUUUUUUCCACAGUUACAAAUAUUCCAGCUGUUUCUUGUGAUUUAUACUGUAUGUCCAGGCCUUCCUACAGCCUUACAUGUUGAAAUAGGAAUCAUAUUGAGUGCAGGACUCUGCUGAACUUUCCUUCUCUAACCUCCAGUAAAAUUGCUGCAGUUAAACCUCACUUCACCUCUAUUGCCUCUCAUCAUUUAUUAUAAGCAGUCAGCUUCUUUUCCCCAUGCAAGCUCUUAUCUUUAUAUAAAAAAAUUAUACAUAUAAUAGUUCUCUUCUGAGUUGCAAAAUGUUCUAACGAGGCCAGUGACUUCAUAAGAUCUGAACAUAGGUCAUGCUGCUAGAAAAUUAAUGUAAUUUUUGUGUUUUUUGUUGAAGUAAUUUUUGAAUCUGUAUCAAAAGAGGCACAUUUUUCUAUUAAACCAACAAUAAAGAUGUAAUAUUAAAACCCA